AUGGAUUCUACGAUUGACCCUCAAGAUACCAACUCGGUCACCCACCCCAGUCCGGCUCCCAGCGCUGCCGGUUCAACUGGAACCUCCGGCAUCACAGUGCGCGGCGGGCCCCAAGGCCAAGGCGUCAGUUUCAGAAGACAACGUGCAUCACGCGCGUGCGAGGUCCGAUGCGACGCCGCUAGCCUAGGCGUUCCCUGCACAAACUGCGUCGCCUUUUCCAUCGAAUGCAAAAUUCCUUCUCCCAAACGCAAGAAGAACUCCUCCAAAUCCAAAGACGACGGUCGCUACGCUGACAGUCCGCCCCAUACUGCUUCCUCCCUCGUCGACGCUGCUGUCGCCCACUUCCGACCCGACAACGCCGAUGACCCUGCUGGCGAGCGCUCCUCAGAAGAUCCUCGUGGGCAAUCAAGCUCCGAUGAAAAGGAUGAUGCCUUUGGAUACCGGAAGAGCCGCAUGGCCGUUGACGGAAUGCCCAUUACCUCCCUCACCGAUGCCGAGGCGGCCCAGCAGACAACAGAAGACAACACCUAUGCUCAAUUCAUGAAGCCCAAGUUUGCCCGCGCUCCGAUCAAAGAGGCCGGUCGCGUGGCCUAUCUCGGUGAAUCGUCAAAUCUAUCGCUUCUCGUCCAGGACCGCCAUGGAACUACAGACGUUGUGCACUACCCACUCCCGCCGAACAUCAGAGGAUCUCGAGCCCGCUUGACCGAUCUGGAUAAUCUGGAAAUCGAUAUCCUCCACCAACGUGGUGCAUUCCUACUACCACCAAAGCCGCUCUGUGAUGAACUCGUCGACGCUUACUUUAAGUGGGUUGCCCCGGUGGUUCCCAUCAUCAAUCGCAGUCGGUUCAUGCGUCACUAUCGUGAUCCCAAGAACCCACCGUCCUUACUUUUGCUGCAAGCCAUCUUGCUGGCCGGAUCCCGUGUCUGCACCAACCCGCAACUGAUGGACGCGAACGGAUCGACGACUCCCGCGGCAAUGACCUUCUACAAACGGGCUAAAGCCUUAUACGAUGCCAAUUAUGAGGAUGACCGUGUCACCAUCGUGCAGGCGUUGGUAUUGCUAGGCUGGUAUUGGGAAGGGCCGGAGGAUGUUACCAAGAACGUAUUCUACUGGACUCGCGUGGCGAUGGUUGUUGCACAAGGCUCGGGUAUGCACCGUAGCGUGGAAUCAUCACAGCUCAACAAACCCGACAAGAGGCUCUGGAAACGGAUUUGGUGGACACUCUUUACUCGGGACCGCUCAGUGGCUGUUGCGUUGGGUCGACCGAUUGGGAUCAACACAGACGACUCAGAUGUUCCGAUGGUCACCGAGGACGACUUCAUUGAGGACGAACUUGACACUCCAGCCGAAUACCCAGCCGAUCCAGUGCAUGUGCAGUUCUUUUUGCAAUACGUCAAGCUGUGUGAGAUCAUGGGGCUGGUUCUAUCCCAACAGUACUCCGUGGCUUCCAAGUCCCGCCGUAUGAACGCGAUGGACCUCACCCACUCGGAUAUGGCUCUGGCCGAUUGGCUUCAGAACUGCCCGAAGGAGGUGUGCUGGCAACGAUCUCGACACCACUUCUGGGCCGCACUUCUUCACUCCAACUACUACACCACACUGUGUCUUCUCCACAGAGCUCACAUGCCUCCGGCUUCCUCCGCGCCGAAUAGCUACCGGGUUGAGGAGAUGGCUUACCCGUCCAGGACAAUUGCCUUCCAGGCUGCAGGCAUGAUGACAUCGAUCGUCGAGAAUUUACAGGCUCACAAUGAACUCCGCUUCACGCCUGCAUUUAUCGUCUACAGUCUCUUCUCCGCUCUGAUCAUGCACGUGUACCAGAUGCGGUCAUCCGUCCCAUCUAUUGUGGCAACUUGCCAGGAAAGAAUUCACGUGUGUAUGUCUGCUUUGAAGGAUGUAUCUAAAGUUUGGCUUGUGGCAAAGAUGGUUCACACACUGUUCGACUCUAUCCUUGGGAACAAGGUUCUUGAGGAACGACUACAGAAGGCCGCUGGCCGGAGACAUCACCGUCGACCACACGAAAACAACAACAACACAGGCCAAGCUAAGAAGCCCGAUCCGCCAAAGCGCAAGUUCGACGACAUGGAUCUACCAUUACCCAAUGGUGGGCCUACGCCUCCUGUCUCCUAUGAACGCUCUCGACCGCAGACCCCCGCGGUCACGCCUUCGCGGGAAAUCCAUCAGCCUCUGGGCCAUCAAUCACCCAAUGCCCACCGUGGACCUCAAGAUCCCAUCUCCGGACCUUCCAACUCGCGCAGCAACACUCGCCCAACGACUCCCUUCAACGCUCAGUUCUCUCUGCCUGCUACGCCCCCUGACUUCUUCCUCGUGACCCGUACCUCACCGAACCUCUCGCCCUCGCUCUGGGAGAACUUCCAGCCCGACCAGCUGUUCCCUGAUGGUACCGCCAUCUUCCCCGAGUUGACCUCUCCCCCUCCAGCCACGGUGGACCCAGCGCUUCAAAUGCCGGCAAAUCUGCAACCGCCGAAUAUGGGCCCGCGGCCUAUGAUGGGUGCACACCCGCAACAGAUGCCUGGCGGCCGCAGCAUGUCUGUUUCCCAGGGUAGCCCGCAGAUGAUGUCAGGUGUGCCAGGUGGCAUGGGGAUGCAGGCAUCCCAAGGUCCGCAGGUGUUUGGCAUGGAGGGUCAAACGUGGCCAAUGCAAGGCCUGGACGGGACAAUGAGCGGAGCGGCGCUGGACGCUGCCAGCCAGGAUGAUAAUUGGAGUAGCAGUUCGCGCAGUGGACCUACUGCGCCGACGACCUUGAACGUGGAAGACUGGUUUCAAUUCUUCGGUAUUAACGGCGGCUUUGGCGAUCUGGCUGCCUGA